CAUCAGUCAUCAGUCAUCACUGUAAAGAGAAGAGUGAGGGAAGCCUGGGGGAAAAAAGAAAUGGCGUCGAGCGACCAGCCACCUGGGCCGAUGCCGCCGACGGCGCAUGGGGAGAAGGCGCCGGGGAAGCCGAUGACUGCAGGGCAGACGAUGCUGGACACGGGGGCGGCUAUGCUACAGUCGCUGAAGCCGGUGAAGCAGAUUAGCCAGCACGUCUGCACCUUCGCCCUUUAUGCCCACGACCUCGGCCGCCAGAUAGAGACCCACCACUUCGUUGCCCGCCUCAACCAGGACUUCCUCCAGUGCGCCGUCUACGACACCGACUCCGCCUCUGGCCGCCUAAUCGGAGUGGAGUACAUAGUGUCGGACAAGAUAUUUGAAGCUCUUCCUCCGGACGAGCAGAAGCUCUGGCAUUCCCAUGCUUAUGAGAUCAAAUCUGGUCUGUGGGUUAAUCCUCGGGUCCCCGAGACUGUAGAAAAGCCAGAGCUUGAGAAUCUGGCCAAGACUUAUGGCAAAUUUUGGUGCACAUGGCAGGUCGACAGAGGUGACAAGCUGCCGCUGGGCGUGCCAGCCCUGAUGAUGUCGCCCCAGGGUGUGAACCUCGGGAGGGUGAGGCCUGACUUGGUUGAAAGGAGAGACGACAAGUACAACAUCUCGACCGACUCCCUCAGGGCCUCGAGGCUAGAGAUCGAGGAGCCGGAGUGGAUCAACCCACAGGCCGACUAUUGGAAGCAGCACGGCAAGGGCUUCGCGAUCGACGUCAUUCCAACCGAGAUGAAGAAAAUUGCGCCCUUCCCGUGAAACGCCGGAGUCGAGUUAAGAGUAAUAAAUGUCAUAUGUAUAGUUUUGUCUUUGUUUUGGGGCUGUGAAGGUACAGUUAUGGAUACGUUGAAUGUCAGUAUGUACUACGUAGAUGCCGUGUAAUU